GUAGACGCACCCCUCCAUGCAAGCCUCCACGAGGGGUUCGACGUUCAUGGAGGGCGACUAAACUUUAUGGGAAGGCGGCUGAAUGCAGCAAUGUGAAGCAGUUGGUACAGCAUAGCCGAGCUGCAGCAUGCGGGUGCGGAACUGGAACUGGAAUUUUAUUCGAACUGUUACUUAAGGGCGAACGUUCCCACGAUUAUGAGCAUGCCUGUCAAAACUAUCUGAUUUUUAAUCAUUUACUUGAAUUUUGUAUACCCUGUAUAUAUUACAACAUCCCAUUCCGCAGAAUAAUGUCGCAACCUACUUCGUCAAAUGGCCAUCUCGAUACCAGCCCUUGGGUGGACGACCCCAUUGCUAUCGUCGGCAUGGGAUUGCGUCUUCCGGGCUCUAUCCGCACUCCUCAGCAAUACUGGGACUUCCUGGCCAACAAGGGCAGCGGUCGUACCCGGGUUCCUGCUGAUCGUUACAACGUGGAUGCUUUCUUCGGGCCAAAGGGAAAGCCGGGCCAUACUUGCACAGAAUACGGCUACUUCCUUGACGUCGACCUCGCUGCAGCGGACAGCUCGUUCUGGUCUAUGCCACCCAAGGAGCUGGAACUCCUUGACCCCCAACAGCGGUUAAUGAUGGAAGUGGUUUACGAAUGUCUAGAGAGCAGCGGGACAGCAUCUUACAGGGGCAAAGACAUCGGAUGCUAUGUAGGCGUGCUUGGCGAAGAUUGGAUGGACAUACAAACCCGAGAUCCGCACCAUCAAGGAAUGCAUCGUGUUGGGGGUUAUGGCGACUUCGCUAUUGCCAACCGCGUAUCGAAAGAACUCGGCCUUACCGGCCCAAGUAUGACUAUUCGAACAGCUUGCUCCUCUUCCCUAAUGGCCCUGCACUCCGCGUGCCAAGCGCUAUACGUGGAAGAGUGCUCAUCAGCCGUCGUUGGUGGCUGCAAUUUGAUUCUUUCACCACGCAUGACAGUAACAAUGUCCGAACACCGUGUGAUUUCGCCAACAGGUACUUGUCGGUCAUUCGACGCCAACGCAAACGGCUAUGCGCGAGGCGAGGCCGUCAACGCUAUACAUAUAAAGCGGCUGUCGCAUGCUCUGCGCGACGGGGACCCCAUCCGCUCUGUUAUUCGCUCGGUAUGCAUCAACUCGGAUGGACACAGGUCUCCUCUGUUUAUUCCGAGCCCAGAAAGCCACGAGCUUCUCAUUCGCCGAAGUCACCAGCUGGCGGGUAUAACGGACGUUUCUCAAACUGCCAUGGUUGAAUGUCAUGGAACGGGGACGAUGGUGGGCGAUGUACUGGAGGGCAACGCAGUGGCCAAUGUAUUUGGGGAGCUUGGUGGGGUUCUGAUCGGAUCGGUGAAACCCAACAUUGGGCACAGUGAGGGAGCGUCAGGCCUGAGUAGUAUUAUCAAGAUGGUGCUAGCGCUCGAGCAUCAGAGAAUCCCGCCAAAUAUUAACUUUACAACUCCCAAUCCCAAGAUUCCGUUCGGGCCGGCCCGCCUCCGGAUCCCUGUGGAGUGCGAACCAUGGCCAAAAGGCAAAGCAGAGCGAGUUGGGCUCAACGGAUUUGGCAUUGGAGGAGCAAAUGGACAUGUUCUGCUCGAGUCUGCGAGGUCCGUCGUUGGAAAACCCCAACCCGGCGCUUCUAAUUCCGAGGACCCCCAGCUACUUGUGUUCUCGGCAACUCACCCCGAGACCGUGAAGCGCAACAUUGCGGGGAGCUUAGAUUAUCUAGCCGCCAAUCCAGGUCGAGUUUCUGAUGCCAGUUAUACUCUCGGAUGUCACCGCCAAGUUCUCCCGAAUCGCGCUUUUGCAGUCGGUUCCGUUGGCUCUUGGGAUAUCUCUCCUGUCCAGAAGGGAGGGCCCGCGCCGGACCUGAUUUGGGUUUUCACUGGACAAGGAGCCCAGUAUCCUGGGAUGGGGCGGGAAGUAAUUACCUGCAAUGCUAUUGCAAGGAACACUAUCCAAAACUUGGAUAACGUGUUGGAUACUAUUGAACCCGGGCGCAACUGGUCCAUUUACAAUGAGUUGACUCUACCAGAAUCUCCCUCAAAACUCUCUCAAUCCGAAUACUCCCAACCCUGCUGCGCCGCUCUUCAAAUCGCCCUUGUGGACGUGUUGAAAUCCCUCAAUGUGAAGCCUUCAGCGGUGGUGGGCCACUCCGCCGGUGAGAUAGUUGCGGCCUAUGCUGCCGGGGUGCUGACCGCUGCCGAGGCAAUCACUGUUUCAUACUACAGAGGCCAGGCCGCAGGUGGUGUUUCAAAAUCUGGAGGCAUGAUGGCUGUUAGUUUGGGCCGAGAGCAAGUCUCUCCUCUAUUGACUGAUGGGGUCAUUGUUGCAUGCGAGAACAGCCCCAGAAGUGUGACUCUUAGCGGCGAUUCCUCAGAGUUGGAUGCAAUUGCUCUUGAAAUACAAAAUCGCCAUCCAGACAUCUCGAUCAAACGUUUGGCUGUGAAUCGUGCCUACCAUUCGGCGCAUAUGAAAGAGGCAGAAGAUGGAUACUUGAAUCGCCUUGCGUUUCUUGAAAGACUGGACAAUGAGAAGCAGUUAUCAGCCGUUUUCGUAUCUUCAGUAACAGGAAAGCCUGUUCAAAGCGCUGCCAAGUUUGGACCCGACUACUGGUGUCGUAACUUUACCUCCCCAGUACUAUUCUAUUCGGCAGUUAGCACCAUUCUCGCGAGUGGCUUAUCGAAUCCCACAUUUAUUGAAGUGGGACCGCACUCUGCACUCUCUGGAGCACUCCAUGAUAUCGCGUCAGAGACGGGAUCAGUCCCGUACAUUCCAACACUUGUACGGGGAACUCACGCAUACGCUUCUGUUCUCCGCACAGCUGGGCGGUUGUUCCAGUCCACAAGCGUUGAGCUGUCUACCUUGUGCCGAGGAACUACUUUAGGGGAUCUCCCGCCCUACCAAUGGCAAUAUGAUGGCCGCUUCUGGUCUGAAUCGAGGGUUUCCCGGAACUCGCGAUUCCGUCAAUUUCCUCAUCACGAUAUCCUGGGAUCGAAAAUUCCUGACGGCAAUGACACCGAGCCUCUGUGGCGGUCUCUGGUUUACCUUGAGAACGUUCCUUGGCUUCGGGAUCAUGUCGUCGAUGACAAGAUUGUUUUCCCUCGAGGGUCCUAUAUUCCCAUGGUGGGUGAAGCUAUCCGCCAGCUUACGGGAGAUAAUGAUUUCUCUCUCCGGCACGUAACGUUCAUCGAAGAGCCCACACUUCACGAUAGUCAGCCCAUGGAGAUUUUAACGCAGUUUCGACCAUCUCCAACUUCGGAAUGGUAUGACUUUACCAUCACUAGCCAAUUUGAAGGCACAUGGACAAAGCUAUGCACUGGCCAGGCUAGAGGAGGGCGACACUUUCUUCAAGAUAUUACCCGUUCGACCCCGGGACCUCGGAAAGUGAAAGCAGAAGCAUUUAACCGUUCCAUUAAGAGAGCUGGAGCAAAUUAUGGGCCCCGGUUCCGUGUCAUGGACCAAAUUUCCACCAGCGUCACGGCACCAGAAGCGACCGCCGAGGUCAUGGACGUUCGCGAAAAGAUGGAUAGCACUUACACCAUUCAUCCCUGUACCGUAAGCUCCAUACUCCAGUUGUUUAAUGUCGCCAAGGCGGAAGGUCGGAGUUUUAAUCGUCUGGCUGUGCCGACGUAUAUUGGUGAACUCUACGUGCGCUCCUCGUCUGGUCCAAUUGCGGUCCAGUCCACCGUCACGGAUACUAAAGGGGGCACUUUCUUCGGUGACAUCGCGGGGUUCUGUGAAAGUGAGCUAGUGUUUGCUUUCCGCAGAGUUGGCCUCUCUCAAACGGAAAAACGAAAUGAUCGUGGCCCUGACCCUCACGCCGGUGCCCGACUAGUAUGGCAGCCAGACAUUGACCAGGUGGAUGUCAAUGGCCUCAUACGUCCAACUCCCGGAAUGUCCGAUAGCCUUGCCCUCGUCGAAGAACUGGCAUUGGCCUGCAUUAUCGAGAGUGGAAAGCAGUCCUGCAGUGACUUGUCUGCGCCACAUUAUACCAAAUACCACCAAUGGCUGAGCCAGCAACGACAACGCGCAGAGCAAGGUGAAUAUGAAAGUGUUUCCUCGUGUAAGGAUGUUGCUUCGAUGACAUCUCUGGACCGAACCCGUCAUAUCGAUCGCCUACAUGAGAGAGCGCUUCAAACUAACGGUAGACACGUCGCCACAGCCAUAAUGCGUAUCUACCAUGAAACCGGUGCGAUGUUUAACGGACAUGCCGAUUCCUUGAGCCUGCUAAUGAAGGACAACCUUCUUACGGCAGUCUACGGGUUUAAGCUGUGUGAAUUUGGCGAUUUCUUCCGUGUCCUAUCCCACAACAGGCCAUGCAUGCGAGUUUUAGAGAUUGGGGCAGGGACUGGUGGCGCGACGGCUACUAUUCUACGUGCGAUGCAUGGACCACACAAUGAACGCCUCUAUGAACGUUAUGUAUACACAGAUAUCUCGCCUGGAUUCUUUGACGGCGCUCAAGAACGCUUCAGCGUUUACGAUGGCAUCGAUUACCGCCCACUUGAUAUCACCGCCGAUGUAGCCGCGCAAGGAUUUGAUGGCUCCUACGAUCUUAUAAUCGCGUCGAAUGUUCUCCAUGCAACCCCGAAUCUCCAGCAAACGCUCUCAAACGUGAAAUCAUUGCUUAGACCGAAUGGCAAACUCUUCCUACAAGAACUGGCACCUGUCACCAAAUGGAUUAACUAUAUCAUGGGCACCUUGCCUGGCUGGUGGCUCAGUACCGACGACCGCCCAUGGGAACCCUAUGUAUCACCGGAAAGAUGGGACGCAGAGCUUCGCGCUGCUGGGUUUACAGGAACAGAUUCUGUGGUCCACGAUGGCCACAUGAACGCUCAUAUCAUCUCGUCCGUUCCAGAAAACUCAGUCGAGACAAGAAGACGUGUCACUGUCCUCUACGAGAGAACUUCCGAUGAUCUGAACCUUUUCGUUUCCAUCCUUCGUGCACGUGGGUUCACGAUCGAUCUCCGACAUCUAGGAGACGAACUACCUGCAGAUCAGGCGGUCAUAUCUUUGCUAGAGUUGGAUUCUCCCCAACUUCACUUGCUAAGCGAAAGAAAAUACUUGGACCUCCGCAAUAUGAUCCUUUCUUUGGAUGCAACUCCAAUGCUGUGGGUGACUCGGCCGUCUCAGGUGGGCUGCUCAGACCCACGGUACGCGGCAACGCUCGGCCUCUUGCGGACUGCUCGCAGAGAGCUUGGGGUGACAAUAGCCACGCUUGAGCUGGAUUCUCUAGAUGAGAAGGCAUUCCAGGUCGCGUCCCUCGUUGUUGAUCGUGUCCUUCACCUUAGUACCGACUCGUCAUUUGAUCCGGUGCUCGAAUACAUCUACACGCAAGAAACCUUGAUGGUUGGCAAAUUCUACCCCGCUAUUGUUAGUGAAGAACUACUAGAGAUCAAAAAGCCCGGAGCCGAAAAGGCAGAUGCAGCGGUACUGCGGAUUGGAAAUCCUGAGAGAGUCGACACGCUACACUGGGAACGCAAGCCAGUGGAAAGGUUUACAUCCCUGCAGGAUUGGGUGGAGGUCCAGACACAUGCCGUUGGCAUUAGCUCAAUCGAUCUCAAGGUGGCCGAUGGCACGCGUGAUGCUCCCUUUGGCGAGGGGUGUGCUGGAAUUGUGCAAUGUGUUGGGCCUGGUGUUAGAAACCUUCGUGUUGGCGAUCGCGUCAUGGUGUUGGCAGCUGGGUCUGGGGCACUCGCCACGCGGUUUGUCGCUAGUGAGAGGCUGUGUACUCGGAUGGCUCGCGGCUUGAGUUGGGCUGAGGCAGCUACAAUUCCAUAUCCCUUUGCCACUGCUAUGUACUCGCUAAUUGACGUUGCGAGACUGAAAUCUGGUGAUGCCAUCCUCAUUCACUCCGCCUGUGAGGGAGUUGGAUUAGCUGCCAUCCAGAUUUCCCGAAUCAUUGGAGCCGAGGUCUACUGCACUGUCGGGAAUGAUACGGAAGUCGACUUCUUGGUGCAACUGGGAAUCCCAAAACAGCGCAUCUAUAGCUUCCGGGACAGCACAUUCGCCCAAAGCCUCAUGGUUGUCACUGAAGACCGUGGAGUCGAUGUCGUACUGAAUUCCUUGACUGGAGAUCUGCUCCAUGCCUCAUGGCAAUGCGUAGCGGAAUUCGGCGUGAUGGUGGAUCUAGGGAAGCGCUCUCUCAGCAGGGGCCAGCUGGAUAUUGAUUUCUCUGAGGGAAACCGCGCGUUUGCAGCAGUUGAUCUAGCUCAGAUCAGCGCGAAGCGUCCGGAGAUAAUACAGGGAUUGCUCCGAAGGUGCAUGCACCAUUAUGCGUUGGGCGAACUAAGCCCCCUUCCAUUACUAGAAUUCCCAGCUGAAGAGAUUCAAUCUGCUUUCCGUCACAUGCAAAAUGAGAAUACGGGGCAAGUCGCCGUCAUCAUGCCGGAAGAAGCGUCGUCGCUGCCCGUCGCCGCGCACCGCAGAACGCCCUCUUUCCGGACCGAUGGUAUCCACUUGAUCGUUGGAGGAUUAGGUGGUCUAGGACGUUCCGUAAGCUCAUGGAUGGCACUCCACGGUGCCCGGCAUUUUAUUUUCUUCUCCCCGUCGGCGGCAAAUAAAGAGGGAGAUGACUAUGUCUUGGAACUGCGUGCUCAGGGUUGUCAAGUUGAUCUUGUCUCUGGUGAUGUGAGUAAGGAACAGGACGUUGAUGCUCUCAUCCAGAGUAUACCCGAAGGGCGCCCCAUCGCCGGCAUUAUGCAGGCGUCCAUGGCGCUCGAAGUUACAUCUCUUGACAGCAUGUCCUUCGAGCAAUGGCAAAUAUCGUUUGCACCGAAGGUCCAGGGAACGUGGAAUCUACAUAACAAUCUGCUGAAAUACCGCCGCCGCACCGACUACUUUGUACUUUUCAGUUCUUUAGCCGGCCUCAUCGGCCAAACUGGGCAUGCUAACUAUGCUGCUGGAAAUGCUUUCUUGGAUUCUUUUGUUCAGUAUCGGCAUUCAAUGGGUCUUCCUUGCUCCGCACUCAAUAUCGGUGUCAUGGAAGAUGUUGGGUACGUUAGUAACCAGCAACAUAUCAUCGACCAUUUCCUCGCGACCUCCGCACAUACUCUUCACGAACAAGACCUUCUCGAUACGAUUCAACUCGCCAUUGACAACUCACUGCCCUCUCCAACGGAGCAGAAUCAGACGAACGGGUGGCAAUCAUACGUCUCGCAGGGCCAAAUCUGUAUCGGUCUCCGCAGCAAUAGUCCCUUGGACUCCCCAGCAAACCGUAUAUCAUGGAGACGCGACCCACGAAUGGCCCUCUACCACAAUCUCAACAAGGCAGACAAGGAGACAUCCUCAAGCGCAGCUAACAGUAGCAAUGAUAGGGCCCUUGAGAAAUUCCUUGAACAAAUCAAGCAUGAUCCUGAAAUCCUCGCGAAGGAGGAAUCAGCCAAUCUGUUAGGCACAGAAAUUGGCAAAGCCCUAUACAACCUUAUGUUGCGUGAUCACUCGGACUUGGAUCUGGACAUCCCUCUGUCAUCCCUGGGUGCAGAUUCGCUGUUGGCUAUCAAAUUAAAGGACUGGUUCCGGAGAAUGAUUGGAGUUGAUAUCACCGUUGUACAGAUUCUGAGCAGUGGAAGCUUACGAGAGUUGGGUCGGACGGCUGCUCAGAGCAUGGUGGCAAACUUUAAGGACUGAACAGCGACAGGUAGCUAUUGGAAUUGAGAGCUCUUGCCAAGAUCUAAAUCGAAACAAUGCAGCAAUCAGACCGUUUAAAUUCUUAAAAGAAGCUGUGCCCACUACGAAGCUUGACCCUAGUCUAUCUCCUUAUGCUGUUGGCCGGAUUUUCCUCCGGCACGUCCAGAGCGAAGUCACAAAAUAUCCAUCCCUUCGCUUUCAAGUCAUUCACAACUAUACGGCGGUAUUAUAUUUGUCAAUAACCUAAACAAUUAAUAUGGCACUCCAUUGGUCAACUGGCCGAUGGCCCAACUCUGGG